ACGUGGUACAGAUCACUAAGGAGCCGAGGCACUUGGAUCUACUAAAAAUGCUGGAUUACCUCAGUGCCGAUCAGUGGAAAACCAAAGAGGAUGAGAAGGACGACAAGCCCAUCCGAGCUCUGGAUGAGGGAGAUAUUGCCUUGCUGAAAACUUAUGGUCAGAGCACUGACUCUAGGCAGAUCAAGCAGGUUGAGGAUGACAUUCAACAACUUCUCAAGAAAAUUAAUGAGCUCACUGGUAUUAAAGAGUCUGACACUGGCCUGGCCCCACCAGCACUCUGGGAUUUGGCUGCAGAUAAGCAAACACUCCAGAGUGAACAACCUUUGCAGGUUGCAAGGUGUACAAAGAUAAUCAAUGCUGAUUCGGAGGACCCAAAAUACAUUAUCAACGUAAAGCAGUUUGCCAAGUUUGUGGUGGACCUUAGUGAUCAGGUGGCACCUACUGACAUUGAAGAAGGGAUGAGAGUUGGUGUGGACAGAAAUAAAUACCAAAUUCAUAUUCCAUUACCUCCUAAGAUUGACCCAACAGUUACCAUGAUGCAGGUGGAGGAAAAACCUGAUGUCACAUACAGUGAUGUUGGUGGCUGUAAGGAACAGAUUGAGAAACUACGAGAAGUAGUUGAAACCCCUCUACUUCAUCCAGAGAGGUUUGUUAAUCUUGGCAUUGAGCCUCCCAAGGGUGUGCUGCUCUUUGGUCCACCUGGUACAGGCAAGACACUUUGUGCUCGGGCAGUUGCUAAUAGGACUGAUGCUUGCUUCAUUCGAGUUAUUGGAUCUGAGCUUGUACAGAAGUACGUUGGUGAGGGGGCUCAAAUGGUUCGUGAACUCUUUGAAAUGGCCAGAACAAAAAAAGCCUGCCUUAUCUUCUUUGAUGAAAUUGAUGCUACUGGAGGGGCUCGGUUUGAUGAUGGUGCUGGAGGUGACAAUGAAGUGCAGAGAACAAUGUUGGAACUGAUCAAUCAGCUGGAUGGUUUUGAUCCUCGAGGCAAUAUUAAACUGCUGAUGGCUACUAACAGACCUGAUACUUUGGAUCCAGCACUGAUGAGACCAGGGAGAUUGGACAGAAAGAUUGAAUUUAGCUUACCUGAUCUAGAGGGUAGGACUCACAUCUUUAAGAUUCAUGCCCGUUCAAUGAGUGUUGAAAGAGAUAUCAGAUUUGAAUUGUUAGCACGGCUGUGUCCAAAUAGUACUGGUGCUGAAAUUAGAAGCAUCUGUACAGAAGCUGGCAUGUUUGCCAUCAGAGCAGGGCGAAAAAUUGCUACUGAAAAGGAUUUUUUGGAAGCUGUAAAUGAGGUCAUUAAGUCUUAUGCCAAAUUCAGUGCUACUCCCUGCUACAUGACAUACAACUGAGUCCUGAAGGAUUUCAAGUGAAAACACUUAUAAGUGAAGUCCUAACCUUAUAUAGACUUGUUAAUAACCACUUUGCAAAAAAAAAAAAAUGGCUUCAAAAUUGUAAAAAAAAAA